AUGACAAUCCGGUGGCUUCAGGUGGGGGAGAGCCCGGUGACACUUGGGCAGCUUCUCCGGGGCCAUCAGUCGUGGGGAGGGAUAAUCUCCAAGUCUUGUGCCCGGGUCAUGAAACUGGGCACAGCUCCUAGUUUGGAGCAAGUGGUACAGUAUCACUAUCCACACCGCACUUCCUGCCCCGCCAUUGAUGUGAUGGGUGGGGUGUCGGUAUAUACUGAGCCGGAUAAUUUCCCACCUAUGGUGGAAUGUUACCUGGCCUGGAAGGUGGCAGUGGGGAUUCAUCCCCGGUUUGCCACCACGGUCCAAGAUGUGGAUAGGGGAUGGGUGGAGAAGAUGGCCACUAAGAAUGGGGUGGCCGUCUUCGUUGGUUUAGAUUUCUCAUCCGACGUGGGGACGUGGAGGGCCCAGGAGUUGCUGAUGAAAGCACUCCUGGAGGGCCAGCAGGCCGUCCACGCCUGUAUUGGCGAGAAAGGUGCCCCGUCACAACAAGUACACCUAACCUCUUUUGACGGGGGGUGCCAGGCGGUUAAGGAUGCCUGCAGGCUGUUCCCAGAGGCCUAUUUUGGGGUCUCCGGGAAGGUGUUUGCAAUGGAUGGGGAACAACGCCAGGCAGUGGCGCUUAUUCCCGUGGAUCGUCUUCUCCUGGAGACAAAUGCCCCUCAUGUCGGACUGAGGGGCCAAGAUCCUAGCGGCCCGAGUUACCUCGGCGAGAUGGCCGCUGAGGUGGCCAGAGUUCGAAAAACAUCCCUGGAGGCAGUACUGCAGAGCACUGUUUGCAACGCCCGGCGGCUGUACGGGCUUGUUAACCGGUAA